AAAAAAAGAUAAUAAAAUUCAGAACCAAGGAUUAAAGAAAAGAAAGGACAGGCAAUGUAUGUAUAUUUGAAUCUACGAUUUGAUUUUAGACAAACCAAAAAAAAAAAAAAAAAAACCCAACAACUGAUAGCAGACAACGCUCGAACGAAGGCCUCCAACGGUGACUUGUCACCAACAUUCACCAAUUCAUUAAUCCAUUUCUACAUCAGAUCUCUCAGUUUUCCUUAUAUAUAUAUAUUUUAAAGCUUUCUUUCUCGUUCUUCUUCACCACUUUGGAUCUCAUCAAAACUUGACCAGGUGACAUCUGGGGUCUUAGUUCAUUUGAUGCCCAAAAUAUUAUUCACAUAAUCGAUUUUGCAUUGUGAACCUAAGCAAAAUGAAAUAGUUGCAUAAAUUGAUGGAAAAUGAAGGUACUAAUUGGGCAUUGGUGAGUUGUGUUCCUAUGGUGUGCAUAGAUGACUUUAACUUAGAAUAAGAAAGGAGAUGGUAGAGAGUAAUUUUAAUAAAGAAACAGUUAGAUGCACGGGGACUGAUACUCAGAGUAGAAAUCAAGGUUCAGGUCUUCGAAGGGAACCCUCCUUUUCUCGCUGGGUUGAUGAAGAUGGAAGAAUCCAUUUGGAAUGCCGUUCAGAGGAUCUUGAUUCAAGUGUAGAAGAAUCUGAUUUUGAGUUGCCUAUGCUUAAUCAGAGUGAGUUAGGAAACGGAUUUGUAGAAGGGGUUAGAUACAGUAAGUUUCGAGAGCAAACUAUGCACUUGAAUGGUGGUAGUUCCUUGGAAGAUAUACAUGGGGAAGAUAGAAAUGGGAAGUAUGCACCUUUUGAUAUUGAAAAUGAGUCUGUUGGGGACACAAGAUUAUCAAAUAUUGGUGUUGAUGGAGCCAAUUCUAACGGCAAUCCAAAAGCAUCAACACUGAAUACUAACAGCUGUGUUUCUACUGUGGACGUGUUGAAGACAUUGUUCUUUAUACUUGUGUGGUACACUUUCAGCACAUUUUUGACAUUGUACAACAAAACCUUGUUGGGAGAUGAUUUGGGGAAGUUUCCAGCUCCCUUGUUGAUGAAUACUGUCCACUUCACAAUGCAAGCUGUCUUAUCAAGGGCGAUCACGUGGUAUUGGUCUUGUAGAUUUCAGCCUUCCAUUCCAAUGUCAUGGAGGGAUUACUUCUACAGAGUUGUACCUACGGCUCUUUCAACGGCACUGGAUGUUAACCUGAGCAACGCAUCCCUGGUUUUCAUAUCUGUUACUUUUGCCACGAUGUGUAAAUCUGCAGCUCCUAUAUUUCUUCUCCUAUUUGCUUUUGCAUUCAGGUUGGAGUCUCCAAGCCUUAAACUUUUGGGUAUUAUCUUGGUAAUCUCUGUGGGGAUUCUAUUAACAGUUGCAAAGGAGACAGAAUUUGAGUUUUGGGGUUUUGUUUUUGUCAUGCUUGCUGCUGUUAUGUCUGGAUUUCGCUGGUGCAUGACUCAAAUACUUUUGCAGAAAGAAGCCUAUGGUUUGAAAAAUCCUCUCAUCUUCAUGGGCUAUGUGACUCCAAUGAUGGCAGUUGUGACAGCUCUUCUUUCUCUCUUCUUGGAUCCAUGGCAUGAAUUUGGAGUGAACAAUUAUUUUAAUAAUUCAUGGCAUAUUGCUCGAAGUUGCUUGUUGAUGCUUUUUGGUGGAACACUGGCAUUCUUUAUGGUUUUAACAGAGUACAUCCUUGUUUCUGUAACUAGUGCAGUUACAGUGACAAUAGCUGGAGUUGUGAAGGAGGCUGUCACCAUAAUGGUUGCAGUAUUUUACUUCCAUGAUGAGUUUACCUGGUUAAAAGGAGCUGGACUAUUCACAAUCAUGGUUGGAGUCAGUUUAUUCAACUGGUACAAAUACCAAAAGCUGCAGAAGGGUAAACUAGAAGAAGGAGAAACAAUAGGGUCACCUGGGACUAAUCAGGCUGCGAAGUAUGUCAUCCUUGAGGAGAUGGAGGAUCAAGAUGAUGUCCUUUGAGAGCUCUAGAGAUUGCGUGAUGUCCAUUCGAUGAACCUAUUCUAACAGGAGAUAAUGAGCAGAGUGCUGCCAGCUUUCAGCUCUUAGGGUUCUCCUAUUACUUCGAUGGCCGAGAACUGCACUUGUAGUUUACCUCCGAUAAUGUUGGUUGUGAAACAGGAAGGUUUCCUAUAUCAAUAGAAAGUCUCAAAACAAUUUUUUUGACGCUUUUUCUGUUCAUAUUAAAGAGAAAAACAGGUUUGCAUGUAACUUUUCAUCAAGAUUUCAGUAGGGGGAAUGUCUUUUUCAUAAAUACAUGAUUCCCCAUGCCUAGUUCAAUGUCAUUCAUCAAGUUUUCAGUUGGAGGCAUUUGUAUUUGCAACUAUUUUUGUUGGCAAAGAAAAGGAUGAUUUAUCAAUCGCCUGUUAAGACUCUAUCAAUAAGGUAGUACCAUAAGAGGGUUGGCUGCCUUCGGCGGGACCAUGCAGAGAAAGACCCUUACUUCAAAAUCCAAAUAAGUUUGGAUUUUUUUUUUUCAAACA